AUGAAGAUUAUCAAGUCUAAUUUGCACAAUAAGAUCAACGAUGUGUGGUUCAAUGACUUAAUGAUAUGUUACACCGAGCGGGAGAUAUUCAAGUCACUUGAUGAUGUCGAUAUUAUUCGAACAUUCACUGCAAAGAAGUCUCGAAAAGGACAUUUGCCUCCUAAUUUAUUUAACAUGCUAUUCUGGACUUGGAUGUACCGGCCAUGGUUGGUGGUUGUAGUGCUUGCAUCUUAUGGGUUAUAUUGCUUUCGGGAACACGUGCUUGGUGAGGCAAACAUAUUUGAGCAAUUGCCAAUUGUUACAUCCGAUUUUACAUGGCUCACCCUUGUUCCACAAGCUUAUUUCAAUGUCUACCUUGAAGGAAUCAUGGUUGGCCAUUGGAUUGAAUCAUUCGAAGGCCUAGAGCUUAGCCUAAUACCAGGCGGGUGGAGCAAUCUUGAAUAUGCUAAAGUUGCUGCAAUUGUAAUGAGAACAGUGAGGAACACCAUGGACACAGGAUGUACCGUAGUUUGCAUGAUCCAUCAACCAAGUAUUGACAUUUUUGACGCCUUUGAUGAGCUUCUACUUAUGAAAUUGAGAGGUGAGCAAAUAUAUGUCGAUCCAUUUGGCCGCAACUGUGCUCAUUUGAUUCAAUACUUUGAGGCUACUCAAGCAGUUCCUAAGAUCAAAGAUGAUUAUAAUCCUGCAACAUGGAUGUUAGAAGUUACAUCAGCAGGAUGA